CAGGACGUCCCUCGGGCCAUUAAUUUACUUUAUGCCAUUGUUGCUCUUGCCGACCUCCAGCCUCCCCCUAAUGACCUUCAAGCAGCCGUCGACCUCGAGUCCAUCAAGCUUCUCAGCGCUCUCUUUAGAUUUCUUCUUGACCCCUUCCUUGACACGACCUUCUCUCUGUCUCAACAAGUUGCCCACCUCUCGGCCUUCGCCCACCUUGCAUUUUCCCUCUUUCGUAACAGCCGACGCCUUUUCUCACCAUACCCACUGUAUUAUGACUAUCAGACCAUGGUGAAGAACUUCGUAUUCUCCAUCAUCAAACAGACGAUCCUCGAUCCCAUGCAACAACUCUGGAUAGGCGAUCUCGGUGACGACAAGCUCGAGGCGUUUUUCGCUUCUCUCAGAAUGCUCGGUGGCCAUGACUCAGCAAUGAGUCUCAUGCAGCUUCGGAAUCGCCUUGGGGCUGCAUGCGAUAUCAGCAAGACAUUCAACCGCUACCCAGGGCUUCACUCUGGCCCUCGGCGACUGCAGUUUGGUCGCAGUGAGGCCAUGGAUCACCUUCGUCGCCGUCACUGGACCGGUGACAUUAUCGCUGGCCAUUGCACGCUUCCUGUGUCUUGGCGUCAUGGCCGCGAGCUCGCACUU